CCCAUCGUGCACAAUAUGUUUCCAUUGCAUGCACCGAUGGGUGCGGAAUGGUGCAGUUGGCGGCUUGUUGCCUUUUUACUAGUAUCGCUUCAGAUAGGCCUAGGUGCAAAUGGACAGCGCAUGAAGGAUAACAUGUACACAGCGGUCAAUGGUGCGCACUGCUUUCGUCGGUUAAACGGAACACAUGUAACGGGUUGUAGCUCUAAGAACGGUGGUUCGGUGGGUGUGUUACAUUUAAUAAGCAGCAAAGAAGACAUUGACUUUAUCGUACAUAAGCACCCGUCACCGCCGUACGCCCCAAUCAUACCUCCGGCCCUUUACACGCGGGAAAACAUUCUCCGGCUGCGGGAUGAAGCUGGUCCGUACGUGUCUGUGUUAGUUCUGGUGAACAAUGCCAGCGGGUUGGAGCAAUUCAGCCAGGAAUCACGCUGUCCCAAUCAGUACAGUGGGCUUUCCUCGUUGCUAAAGCAAAUAUCCGACGAUCAGCGUUGCAGUGUGGAUCGGGCCGAGGAUAGUUGGAACCCGUGGGGCACCGGUUUGCUGUUGGAAGAUUUUCCCUUCCCUAUCUUCUACGUGGCAGGCGUAUCGGAGAUGGAAAAGCUGCUCGACUGCUACGAACGGUUUAACGCACACGAUCUCGAUCAUCAGCAUCAGCGCAGCCUGUGUGCGAUCGAGGUGAAAGCGUUUAUGUCGGCUGCCGUCAGUACCGACAUCUGCAUAAGGCGAUCGAACACGUACAAUUCGCUCAUUCCCGCCACCAAGUACUGUGAUCCAUUGCAGGGGAAAAACGUGUACGCCACACUCUUCCCACGCCCGAUCGUACCGGAAGAACAGCGUGUCGAGGGACCGGAAAGGAUUGUGCUCGUUUCGACGCGUACCGAUACGACGACCAUGUUCGAUGGCGUUGGAUUGGGUGCAAUGGAUUCGGUCGUGCCGUUUACCGUGCUUGUAUCGGUGGCACAUUUUCUUUCCAAAGCACUACCAACCAACGAUAGGAACGUGCUGUUUCUGUUCUUUAAUGGUGAAUCGUACGAUUACAUCGGUUCGCAGCGGUUCGUUUAUGAUCUACAAACGGGCGCUUUUCCAUCGCGUAGUACCCAAACCAAACCGAUCUCGAUGGACAAUAUUGAGUUGAUGAUUGAUCUCGGUUCGCUGGACAAUCUAACCGAUCUGCAUGUUUACCAUGCCGCACCGCAACCGAUGGCAACGAAGGUGGCCGAGUUGCUGCGCAAAAUUAAUCAAUCUUUCGGAUUUGGAAUUCAAUCGGGACAGCCGGUACUGACAGGCAAUUUACCACCAGUAUCGGCACAAUCAUUCUUACGGGAAAACAUUACUUUCCCUGCUGUGAUUAUUGCCUCGAAACCGGGCAAUCGGUUUUAUCACUCGAUUUACGACGAUCAGGAAAAUUUGCACUAUCGCUAUCGGAAUCUCUCGAGCAAGUAUGAUUUUACACAGCUAGAAGAUUUGAAUCUAGGCGAUAGGAGUGACCUAUACGGGAAGGAUUCAAUCCAGAUGCGCAUCCGGAACGCUUCCACACUGAUCGGCAUGAGCAUUUAUGAGCUGCUGGUUGGUAGAGCGUACGAUCAGCGUAACGGCACCAACAGCGUGUUGAUAGACGAGUUUCUACACUGCUUCCUGGAGUCGGCCGAUUGUCCGCUGUUCCGUGCGACGGUAAAACCGGACACACCACACGUCUAUCCGGCACCACCGUCCCGGUACAUUAGCGUACACACGACGCUCACGGCCGAUGCUACCGGGUGGACGUACCGGGUGCUUGGUUUGCUGCUUGGCCAGAAGGUAGAAAACGUUACGAAAGCGGACUGUGCCGCAAUGCACCUCCCGUACCAGUGGAUGGCAGGGUAUGAUGGAGUUGGACAAUGUCGUCGAACUACGCAAAACAUGAGUCUUGCACUGUCGCCAGCUUUCGUGAACGAUACGUACGAUUAUAGUUCGUAUCGAUACUCGACCUGGACCGAGUCGACGUGGUCGGAGAUGUCGGCGAGAAUAUUUUUGCGGCCAUCGCCGGCACACGAAACGCUUACCCUUUCGAUAGGCAUUGUGGUGAUGGUGAUUUCGUUUGUGCUAGUGUUUCUCAUCAACAGCCGGUCGGAUGUGCUAUUCAAUCAGGGUUCCACCUCAUCGAUACCCAUUGCCACGCAGCCGACACAAUGUUGA